GCAUUUUGUUUUUUUAAGACGAGCCGUGUCGUGACGUCAUGGUUCAUUUACAUACUGCAUCGUAUUUAAACGAAACUAGCGGAAGUAAGGGGCACUUCUCCUAUCACUAUUUGACGUGUUGUCUCCUGCCUCGCGCAACAGCUGUAAACGCCACCAUGUGUGACAAACCAGAUAUCACGGAAGUCACAACCUUUGACAAGACCAAACUGAAAAAGACCGAGACCAUAGAGAAGAACCCGCUGCCGACCAAAGAGGUCAUCGAGCAGGAGAAGUCGGCGUAAAGAGCGACCCAAUGUGCUGUACAUUCCACAAGCCCUUCGGCUGAACUCUAUCUGCAAUGACUGGCCCAACGCCAUCACGUCAUUUGGCUGUAAUCACCUUUGGGCACAGUGAAGGAAUGGCUUAUUCACACGGGUCCACAUUUCUUUUUUUCCAUUUUUUCUGUGGAGGCAUCUCCUUUGGGUAGGAAGAAGAGAACCACACCUUAUGAUGAUUGGUUUACACGUCACCAUUCUGCAAUGCCUGGAAAUGCUCCCACAGAAAUCAGUUUUUUGUAAAUCUGGAAUACCUGUUUAUUAAAUAUGCAGAUUAAAAAAUAUAUAUAAAGGA